AUGAUAGUUGGUAGGUUUGGUGUAAAAUCUGUUAUACUCGGCUCUGCAGUAUAUUAUACAAUUGAUAAAGGAGUAUGGAAAGAUAGUUCGACAACUUCUAAACUAUAUGAAGAACUUGAAGAAGGCGUGUCACCUUAUGUAGGCGAACUAAAAAAACAAAUACCAUACGAGCUACCUCCGCUACCUUCAAAUGAUAGAAUGACAUAUUUAUUCAAAUAUUAUUGGAAUAGCGGAGUGAAAGCCACUUUUAGGUUUUUGAUUGAUCUUCCUACACAUGCUACGAAUGCUGCAAGCAAGUCAUAUGAAUUUAUAAAUUCAGUAAUAGAACCAGUUGAGCCAGCUCCUAGACAAGAUAACGAAAAAUGA